AUGUCCUGCCAGAAGAACCAGCAGCAGUGCCAGCCCCCUCCCAAAUGCCUCCCCAAGUGCCCCCCCAAGUGUCCCCCAGUCUCUUCCUGCUGCAGUGUCAGCUCUGGGGGCUGCUGUGGCUCCAGCUCUGGGGGCGGGGGCUGCUGUAGCUCUGGGGGUGGUGGCUGCUGUCUGAGCCACCACAGGAGACGCAGGUCCCACCGCCACAGGCACCAGAACUCUGACUGCUGCAGCCAGCCCUUGGGGGGCUCCAACUGCUGUGGAGGGAGCAGUCAGUCAUCUGGAGGCUGCUGCUGA